GUCAAGUUGUCAGACCUCGAGGUUUCUUUGGACUCCAGGCUUGCCCAACCGUUUCUUCAACCCAACCUCUUUCUAUCAUCUCAACAAAGCAAAUGCCAUCCCCAUCCCGAACAGCCAAAAGGUGGAUUGCGGGGUUGUCGCGUGCAACUACAAAGUAUCCAUCAGGCUUGAUAAAUCGUCCGCCUCUUAUUCGCUGCAGCUAAACGUCCCUGGCAGAUUAUGGUGGACUAACUACUGUCGCCGUCCCGUUCAAGACAAUUUUGAUACACCAAGCCGGGAUAUCGCGACGAAUGGGGAUGCCACUAGAUCAUUGAUCAAGAGUUAUAUAUCUUUUGUUAAGGCGCCUCGCCUCUUUUCGAGCAUCGCAACACCCAUACGCAACUCGCACACACACAUUGUCAAACAUCUUCUGGGUGACCUGAAAAGCAGGAACAGACAUACCGCAAAGCAUCGACAAUGGGAACUGAUGUUGACCCCGAGCACCAGAAUGUUGUGGCUGUACGGAAGCGACAGCGAACCCUGUUUGGAUUCAAAGUACCUAGGUACUCUGAUCCGAUGGUUCAAAUCUUCCUUGUCGGUUUUAUUCUAUUCCUCAACCCGGGUAUGUACAAUGCCUUGGCCGGUCUAGGAGGUGCUGGUCAGGUCGAUGCGACGGCACAAAACAACGCUGGUAUUGCCCUCCAUACGACGUUCGCAGUCGUUGGUUUCUUCGUCGGUAUCGCACAUAAUUGGGUGGGAACGAAAUGGACAAUGGCAAUCGGUGGCAUUGGGUAUUGUGUCUACUCGGCCGCUUUCCUGUGCUACAACCAUACCCAGAAUGAAGGGUUCGUCAUCUUCUCGGGGGCACUCUUGGGCUUCUGCGCUGCUUUUUUGUGGUGUGCGCAAGGUGUGGUGAUGAUGUCCUAUCCAGUCGAAUCUCAACGAGGUCGAGCGAUUUCCAUCACCUGGCUCCUUUUCAAUCUGGGAGCCGUCAUCGGAGCCGCCGUGUCACUCGGCCAGAACUGGAGCGUCAAGGCCGGUCACGUCACGGACGGGACCUACGUCGGAUUCAUCGUCCUCGAAGCCACGGGAGCGUUGUUGUGUUGUUUCCUGACCCCGAGCAGCAAGAUCAUUCGAAAGGACGGGACAAAGGUGGAAAAGGUCGUCCACCCUGGCCUCAAGUCCGACAUUAUGGGCCUCUACACGACCCUCGUCACCGACCCCUGGGUGAUUUUACUUUUCCCAAUGUUCUUUGCGUCCAAUUAUUUCUACACGUAUCAAUUCAACGAUGUCAAUGCGUACUUUUUCUCCACGAGGACGAGAGCAUUCAACAACAUCUUUUACUGGAUCGCCCAGAUCAUUGGCGCCGGCGCGUUCGGUGCGUUUCUCGACUGGACAAGAUUCAGUCGUCGCACUCGUACCCUCAUUGCUUGGGCGAUGCUCUUCGCAUUGGUCAUGGCCGUCUGGGGAGGCGGAUACAAAUUCCUGUUGUUGACCAAUCGACACGUCAAGGGCCCCGAGAUGGACCUUUUUGAUUCGGGUUACAUUUGGUAUUUGUUUCUUUACAUGGCUUAUGGCAUGCUGGAUUCUCUAUGGCAAGUCUUUUGUUACUAUACCAUGGGUGCCAUGUCCAACGACCCUCGGAAACUAGCCUACUACGCCGGCUUUUACAAAUCCAUCCAGGCAGUAGGGGCUACCACCAUUUCCAAACUUGACGCUGACAAAGUCUCAUUCCACAUCAACUUUGGUACCUCUUGGGGGCUGAUGGCAGGCGGUCUCAUCAUCGCUUUGCCUCUGUAUUGGUUCCGUCUACACAAUACUGAAAUCACCGACGACGAUUUCGAGGGUCCACCGACACGAGAGGACCGGGAUGGGAGUACAGCCUCCGCCUCCGCCUCCGCCGUUAGGGAUGUUGUGACGACCAAGAACGAAGGGAGUGCGACCGUUGUCAGCGAGAAAGGGACUGGUUCAAUCAAUAAAUCAUCGUAACGGUAUUGCCGAGUUUUUGACUUGCGAAGGACCCAGAUUGUUACGUGACCAUGAAAUAGCGCAUUUAAAUUUUGACAUUCAGAAGCGGGGGGCGCAUGGAAUGGGAGGGAUUAUGGACGGUCAUUUUUCAAGCAACAGAUCGAAAAUGGGCAUUUAUCGGCGCUCGGAGGGAAAAAAGAAGAAUCUUGGGAACAGCGAUGACAGUCAUUCAGCAGGAAAAGCAGGGAUAUAUGAAUUUGGACAUUCAUGGGCGCCUGGAAUUGAAGGGAAGAAUACUGGACCAUCAAUCCAAGCAGAAAAGGUAGGGCAUAUGGUUUGAUAUCAAGGGCGCCCGUACAGCGCAGGAAGCGGGAAGAAAAGCUGGGACAGUGGAAAUUCAUCAUGAGACAAAUUGAUCAUGGAAGCAGCGCUCAAUUCCAAAUCGAUGUGGGUUAACCACACAUGGGAAUCAUCAACAUUCGUUGAUUUAAUAGCUAGAAGUUAGACCUGUUGGAAGAAAAAGAAGAGAGCCAGGGGGGGCCAAUUUACUACUGACGCUGGCCAACCGUACAAUAUAUACGGUAUGCGGCAUGAUGAUGACGAU